AUGUCCGACGUUUCCAGCCCUAUCAGUCCUACCAAGCCGAAGUCACAGACCUAUGAAGGGGGAUGUCAUUGUGGAAAAGUCAAAUUCACCGUGAAGCUGUCUCCUCCCGUCGAAGAUGGACCAGUGACUAGCUGCAAUUGCUCGAUUUGCCACAUCAAUGGAUACUUGAUGGUCUACCCUCUUGAAUCUAACAUCACCUGGAUCAGCGGCUUCAACGACCUAACUACAUAUACGUUUGGCAAGGAAAGAAUUGCCCACUCCUUCUGCUCAAUUUGUGGAACUAGCAUUGGCGGGAAGAGCACAGAUCCCAACUUUUUUGCGGAUAAUCGGGCUGUGAAUGUGCGCACGCUCAAAGGGAUCGAUAUCGACGACUUGAAAUUGAGGAAAGUAAACGGUCGUUCUGGAUAG